UAUCAUUUAUAUUGACAUACAAAAUAUCUUAUCAUAAAUUGUAGACCAACAUUGUAUGAAUGAACCUAGUUAACUUGGAUAAAACAAAGUAUGGAGAAAUUGUUUACUAUCAGCGUUAUAUUAAUCAUAACAGCAAAUGGAAUUGUAAAUGCUGAUCAUCACGAUUGCCACGGAAAAGACUGCAUUAUCGUAGACUUGGCAAUUCAAAUCAUCGAAACAAAUUUUGACCAUGAUCUGUGUCAUGCCUUUGAAGACGUAGACUGCGCUAAACAUGUUCUUGCAAACGAUGAACAAAUCUGUGGAUCUGACGGACACACGUACAGAAAUCAUUGUUUCUUCGCAAAGGCUCGAUGUGAUAGAAUUCUUAACAAACAUAACUAUCAUCACCAUCAGCUAACUAAUCCACUUCUGAUCGUGUCUCACGGACCAUGCGGCGUGUCUACACCAGCAACUGCACUUACGUCAAAAUCUCUUGGAAUUGUAACUGUAAAAGAUGAUGAUGAUGAUGAUGAUGAUGAUGAUGAUGACUGUGACGGAAAGGAAUGUAUUAUCGUUAACUUGGCCAUUCAGAACAUCGGAAGUAAUUUUGAUGAAGAUAUUUGCCACGCAUUUAAACACGUUGACUGCGGUCAUCAUGAACUAUUAGUGGAUGAAAAAAUCUGCGGAUCAGACGGACACACGUACAGUAGUCAUUGUUCCUUUGCAAAAGCUCGAUGUGACAUAAUUGUUGACAAGCACAACUAUGUCCAUCAUAAACUGUCUAAUCCACUUCUGAUAGCGGCCCACGGACCUUGUGGGGUGUCUACAACCCAUCCUUCCCCUCAAACCACGAUGGUAUCAAAAGUUACGUCAGCUUUAACGAAGGCCACGUCCGUUACUACAAAUAGCGAACAUACUGUAUCCUCUACUACCGGUCCAGCAAAAGCUUCAGCUACACCAGUUUCAGCCACAAAAGCUCUGAUUUCAUCUACAGUACCAUCUACCACAGUAUCAACACUCCAGAUUCUAGGAUCUGUCUUCUGCCAAUAUAAGGGAUCUAUCAACUGUGGCAUAGCUUUAGCCGUCGUCUGUGGCUCUGACGGAAACUUCUAUCCAAACAUGUGCGAGCUCUUAAAGGUGCAAUGUGGAGAUGCAACAGUUAGACAAGAUCCGGAUGCAUCACACUGCAGCUUGCCUCCUUGACGAACUUCUCUUAUUUCCAAAUUUUUCUAUGAAUUUUUAAUCGCUUUAAAUAAAAGAAG